AAGAUCAAUAUCCCUCAGGAGGGCUCUAUUGUUUUAUAUACAAAGUUUGAAAAAAAAAAAAAAAAUACACAUACUAUAAUUCUUCCUUCUAGCAGGCUAGAACUUCUUGUUUUUUAAAUAUAAUAUAACUUCGGAUUUAGAUUUUCAUUUUCGUUUUAUUUAUCUAUCAGUCUUUUCUACCUUUUUUUUUUUUAAUUUACUAAAUCCUAAUAAUGAAGUUCUCUUCUGCUAUUUUCACAAUUGUCGCUACAUUUAUCGCUUCCGUGUCAUCGCACACUACAAUGUCAUUUCCUCCAACUAGGGGACAUCCAUUAAAUAAAAAUGCAGCUGUCCAAGACUUUGAAUGUAUAAUGGCACCAUUAAAUGGUGGAUCGGGAUGUGCACCUAAAAAAUUUCCAUGUGGUGGAUAUCCAAAAGAUAAAAAAAUCGUUACAACUUUCAAAGCAGGAGAAGUUUUUGAAGUUAAAUUUUUUAAUCAAAACUUCCCUAAAUUAAAAGAUGAAGAUAAACAAAAAGAUCAAGCAAGACAUAAUGGUGGUUUAUGUGAAUUUUCUUUAUCUUAUGAUGGUGGUAAAACUUAUACCGUUAUUGCCUCUUAUAAAAAAACUUGUCCUGACAUUUUCUUUGAAGGUUGGAAAGUUAAAAUUCCUGAAAAUGCUCCUUCUUGUGAUAGUCCCGGAAAUUGUAUCUUUUCUUGGAGUUGGAUUAAUGCUGUUGGAAAUCGAGAAUUUUAUCAAAAUUGUGCUGAUGUUAAAAUUGAGGGAAAUGCCACCGAACCUUUACCUAUUAUUGAUAUUACAAGAGCAAAUUUACCUCCUCUUUUCAAAAAGAUUUUAACUCCCGAAGGUGAUGAUUUAAAUAGUGGUAAUGCUGUAGGUUCUGGUCCAAGAAAAGAAGAUGUUCAAGCUAAUUUGGCUUUAAAGAUUGGUAAUGGCAAUAAUGACAAUAAAAAACCUCCACAAAAUGAUGAUAAACAAGAUGGUGAUGAUACACAAGACGACGAUAAUAAAAGCCCUCCACAGGAUGAUGACAAUGAUAACAAAAGUCCUCCACAGGAAGAUGAUAACGAUAAUAAUAAACCUCCGCAAAAUGAUGAUGAUGGAAAUAACGAUGAUAACAAUGACAAUGAAAAUGACAAUAACAAUGACGAUGACAAUGACAAAAAUGACAAUGACAAUGACAAUGAUAAUGAAGACGACAAUAAUCAAGAUAUUCCAUGUAGUGAAAAUGGAACGAUGGUUUGUGGCAAAGAAGGUGGUGCUGAAUUUCUUACUUGUGAUAAUGGUAAAUUAGUUUCAAGAUCUUGUCCUGGAAUUUUAGUCUGUACACAAAAUGGUAAAUCAAUCUUUUGUGGUUAUCCAAAAAGAAGAUAAACCUUCAAAGCCAUUUUUCCGUUUCAAACUUUGUAUAUUUACAUAAAAAAUAGAAAAUUUUAUAUAGAUGUAUUAUUUUUGGAUCAAAAAAAAAAAAAAA